AUGCCCAAAGACAAGGACGACGGUGGGUGGAAGAAGUUUGUGUGGAACUCGGACACGGGAGAGUUCCUGGGGCGCACGGGAGGCUCCUGGGCUAAGAUUGGGUUUUUCUACCUGAUCUUCUACGGGUGCCUGGCGGGUGUCUUCGUCGGGACCAUCCAGGCUAUGCUGCUGACUCUGAGCAGCUACAAGCCCACCUGGCAGGACCGCGUGGCGCCCCCUGGCCUCACCCACACCCCGCGCUCGGAGAAGCAGGAGAUGACCUUUAACCUGAACGACGUGGAGUCCUUCCUGCCGUACACCAAAGCCCUGAAGGACUUCCUGGCUCAGUACGACGACGACAAACAGUCCGACCCGACCAAGUUUGAGGACUGCGGAGCUGAGCCGGCCGACUACAAACACCGUGGUGACCUGGACAGUGACGUGGGCAGCCGCCGCGCCUGCAGGUUCUCGCGCUCGCUGCUGGGACCGUGCUCCGGCAUUGAGGACCGCACCUACGGCUUCCAGGAGGGGAAACCCUGCGUCAUCGUCAAACUCAACCGCGUGGUCAACUUCAGGCCCCGGCCUCCUCUGUCCAAUGAGAGCAUCCCUCUGGACGCUCAGUCCAAGGUCCAGCCCUACGUGGUUCCUCUGUUCUGCGCCAACAAGAGAGAUGAAGACGCCGGUAAAGUGGGCGAGGUGAAGUACCAUGGCAUCGCCGGCGGCUUCCCGCUGCAGUACUACCCGUACUACGGGAAGCUGCUGCACCCGCAGUACCUGCAGCCGCUGGUGGCGCUGCAGUUCACCAACCUGACCAUGAACACGGAGGUGCGCAUCGAGUGCAAGGUGUUCGGAGAGAACAUCCAUUACCACGACAAGGACCGGUACCAGGGCCGCUUCGACAUCAAGCUGAAGAUCAACAACCUAUGA